CCGGGGCGAACAGAGCGACUCAAGUACCGCACCGUCUGUUUUCGCGGUCGCAGCUUCACUUCGGCACACUUCGAUCCAUCUCGAACUGUCUCAGUGGGCGCGGAAACACCGGCGGAAUGCAUACGUGGACAUUCGAAACCUAUUAGUAAGGGUAAGCCUUCUAGUGGCCGUGAUUAUCUUGGUUCGCUAGUCCAAUGAAAGUGGAAGCGGUUAUACGACGCUGCAGAAGGAUACUUCCACGUACUGCAUAGGUAUGUGGCAUGUGUAAAGCUUACGGUCGAAUGCGACCACUAUGUAAGACCGGUAAGCCUUCUGAUCUUAUCUGGUCCGCGGGUUGAGAGCUGUUGGAUUUGAUGUAAUUCUAACCCCUAUGUUUACAUCAAUCGAAGAAUUUUGCGCUGUCGAGCUAUAAAACGUCAGAGAUCCUUCAGAAGCCCUCAGUACAGACAACUCAUUUCACAAUGUCUUCAUCAGUAUGUUCCACGGAACACUCGACGAGGCGAUUCUAUCCACCCGCCGAUGGAUCCCUCUUUGUACCCGAGAUGCUGGAAUACAUCGCGCGACACAGCCCAUACCACCCCUUCUUUGUCUACCCCGACGAACAAAGCAACGAAUUGCGCAGUAUUUCACAUCUCGAGUUCUACCGCGCGUCUCAGCGAAUUGCCCAUGCUGUCCGCCCAGAUCCCCAGGGUCACGACGGAGAAGUCGUCGGCAUUGUCGCAAACAUCGAUUCCAUUCUGUACCAGACAUUGUUCAUGGGCAUAAUUUAUGCUGGCUGGAUUCCAUUACCUAUAUCACCCAGAAAUUCGUCUGCGGCCAUCAUCAACUUGCUCAAGACAACCAAGUCUCAUCGUUUGAUAGCUACCCAAAGCUCACUUGGAGGUCACAUUUCGGAGGUCAAAAGGGAGUUAGCCUCACAUGGGGACGAGGUAUACGAUCUCCAGAUCGACGAACCUCCGACCUUAGCGACAAUGUAUCCAUACAUGAACGAAGAAACUAUUAACUCGCCUUUCACUCCUUAUGCGAAGGGUGAAAUAAGCAACGACCAUGUUAUGUUUUAUCUUCACUCUUCUGGGAGCACUGGUUUCCCAAAACCAAUCCCGAUAACCCACCUCACUGGGAAGCACUACUGUAUCAUGACCACGAUGACCGAGCACCGAGCGCUAGGCUACGACGUCCGAGUAGCUGCUGGUCACCUUCCCCCCUUUCACAUCAUGGGCGUAUUCAUGCAAAUCUUUUUAUCGAUCACAUCUCUCCAAAGCAUCUCUGUGUACGCCCCAACCUCAUAUCACGACCUCACGAAACCUCCCGUCGUCGCGAACGCCCAGAAUGCGCUCGAAAAUGCCAUACUCACCGGGUCCGGAGGAUUGUUAGUUGUACCAGCAUUUCUGGAGGAAUGGGCUUCAAUGCCAGAGUCUGUCAAGCAACUCACCAGAUUUUUGCAUGUUACCUAUGGCGGCGGCCCUCUUGCCAAGAAGGCAGGGGACGCACUCGUUAAUGCCGGUAUGAAACUCGGAUCCUUUUAUGGCGCUACCGAAGUCGGCGCAUUCGUAACAUGCAUCCACACUCCAGAAGAUCAGAAAGAAUGGGAAUGGGUACGUCCAGGCCCAAACACAUGCGUGCGGUGGGCACCCUUGGGCGAUGGAACGUUCGAGUGUCAGCUGUUGUCGUCCGAGACCCACCAAGUAUCUGUCGAAAACUUGCCUGAUGUGAAGGGUUAUGCAACCUCCGAUGUAUUCAUAAAACACCACACCAUCGAAGGGCUCUAUAAAGUUGUUGGAAGACUGGAUGACGUCAUCAUGUUGUCGACCGGCGAGAAAACCGUGCCUGCGCCAAUGGAAAGCGUUAUCGGAACCAGUCGCUAUGUGUCAGGCGGAUGUAUGUUUGGCCGGGGUCGCCCCCAAGCUGGCGUUCUCGUCGAGCCGAAACCAGAAUAUGCAAUCGAUGUGAAAGACGAGAAACUAGUGGCCGAAUUCAGAAACUUGAUAUGGCCUGUGGUCGAAGAAGCGAACAAGGAUGCACCUGAUUUCAGUAGAAUUUUCAAAGAAAUGAUACUGGUCACGAGCAAGGACAAGCCUAUGCUACGCACGGGCAAGGGUACUGUGGCGAAAAAGGCAACCCUGAGUUUGUACGAGUCAGAGAUUGAUGCACUGUACAAAUCUGUAAAGGCAAGCUCCACGACUGGCAUCGAGGUUCCCUUGCCAUCGGAAUGGACGGCUGUCAAACCUGUGGACCCAGACGUGGACUUAUUCGAGCAGGGUUUCGACAGGAAUUGCAUCAAUGGCUCUCUCAAAGCGUCUCCAGACCAAAACAUCCGCGAGGCUGUGUCCCGUAUCAGCCAAAAUAUCGUUUUCGCCAACCCUACCCUUAGAGGACUUUCUAAACAGCUCGUCAAUAUAAUUACUCACAAGGCAGACACCGUCGAUCCCAAAGCAGAAAUCGAAAACAUGGUAAGAAGGUAUUCGUCGGGCUUACCAGGUAAACGUGUCAGUGGCAUUUCGGCCAGAAGAGACGGAGAUGAACCACAUGUCGUCCUCGUGACUGGCUCGACCGAUGCACUGGGCUCCUACAUGAUCGCGUCCCUCAUGCAGAGAGAGGAUGUCGUGCGGAUAUACGCCUUGAACAGGCGAUUAAAAACGUCAACGUCUCAAGAGAGGCGGCUUUCUACGUUCCAGCAUCAUACGCGAUUCAGUUACUAUCAUCAUCCACACCGCUUGGCGGAUCGACCUCAAUCUGUCGUUGGCAACGUUGGAACCAAAUGUUCGGGGAACGCGGAAUCUGAUAGACCUCGCGCUGGCAUCGCAGAAGAUGCAGAAGCCGCGGUUUAUGUUUACCUUUCGAUCGCGUCUGCUCAAAAUUGGGAUACGAAGAGAGGUCAAGUGCCGGAAGAUGUAAUUGCUGAUGUUUCUGUGGCAGUUGGCAACGGGUAUGGUGGUAGUAAAUAUGUUAGCGAAAGGAUCCUGGAAAUGAGCGGCUUACCAGCUGCAUCAUUCCGGAUAGGACAGGUUACCGGUGCCGCUCCCUGUGGCGCAUGGUCAAUCACGGAAUGGGUCCCCAUAACAAUAAAGUCUGGUGUGACGCUUGGGAGGCUGCCAGACCUUGGCGUGAGUGUUGCAUGGCUGCCGAUGAAUGCCGUAUCGGGAGCCAUCCUCGAUGUCGCCUUGAGUGAUAACGAGCUCCCGACCAUGGUGAACGUUGCACACCCUCGCCCAGUGGAGUUUGAGGCUGUCAUGAAACCGAUCAGUGAUGCCCUAUUCGAGAAGAAGAUAACGAAAGAGCGACUUCCUCUUUUACAUUUGUCUGAUUGGUUCCACAGGCUGGAGAAACAAGCAGUCAAUGCGAACGAAGAAAAGUUACGCCAAGUGCCUGCUAUCAAGCUGUUUGACUAUUUACGCGCGUUCGAUCAGCAGUCAUCUGGCCGGAACACUAGCAUUCUUGCAGUAACCUUCGCCACCGACAGAGCUGAGAGAGUAUCCGUGGGAUGGUUCCGAGAUGAGGUCUGA